AUGUCUCCCAUCUUCAGUGGUGCGAGUGAUGCUCUCUCGCAGAAUCUGACGAGCUCUGCGUCAUUGUCAGCCUCAGCAGCCCCCGCGCCAACCAACUUGUUCAUGUGUUUCCCUGUCGACCCGGGCUCCCGGGCUUUCCUCACCAACAUGACGGCCAAUUCAUCCAUCACGCCGCCGCUUACCAUGAUCAACCCGCUCGACGCCCUGCUGGACACCUCUAUGAGGCUGCAUCUGACCAUCUCACCAACCCCUCAGACGACAACCGCGGCUACGGAUACAGCAGGUAUAGCCAGUGCACGCGCAACAGCGACUCCAACCACCAAGGCUACGGCUAUGGCUGAGGCUGCUCUGGCAACUACAAAUCCAGACGCAGAAACUGCGGGACGUCAAGCUGGAAAGGCCACAGUCGGCCAGAAACAGAGUGCAGAGCCAGAUCCUGCCAAGGGGCCGUUCCCGGGAGGCAUUCCGAAAGCCACCGAGGAUGUUCUCAUCACGGCGAUAUUCCUCAUCCUCUUCGCUCUCGGUGCCAUCACGCACAUCUCCAUCUACCGAGCAAAUGCCAAACGUGGCCACAAAUUUCUCCUCUCGGAUCUCAUGUUUGACUUUUGCAUGGUCCGGGUCAUGACCUGCAUCUUCCGCAUCGUCUGGGCAUUUUCCAGUCCUCGCGGUGUUGUCCUGGCGGCAACCAUCUUUCAAAACGGCGGCGCCGCCGUCAUAUUUGCUGUCAACUUGUUCCUCGCACAGCGCAUCGUCCGCGCCAUGCACCCCGGUUUUGCCUGGAGGCCCGCCUUCAGCUACAUCUCCCUGUUCCUGAUCUUCUCCGUCCCCGCCGUCAUCAUUAUGAACGUCAUCGCCACCUCCUUCAGCUUCUUCAGCGUCGGGCGGCCCGUCCGGCUAGAGGCCGCCGAGAUCGUACUCACCUUUGGCGCCUCCUGGAACAUGAUGCUGGUCGCCAUGCCGCUGCUGUGGAUCUUCCUCGCCGGCGCCGCGCCGCACCCGCCACCCGAGCAGUUUGGCGAGGGCGACCUGUCCCGCAAGGCGAGCCUGGUCGUCUUCAGCGCGACCACGCUGAUGGUCGGCAUGGCCGUGAAGAUUGCGGCGAUCGCGAACCCGGAGAGCGUCGCGGCCAUGUCCCCGCUGUUCACCAAGGUCGCGUUCUACACGACGGGCUUCAUGCUGGAGAUCUUCACCGUCGCCGCGUACGCGUACUUUCGCAUCGACCUACUCUUCCACAUCCCCAACGGGUCCAGUGGGCCGGGAGACUACUCCGUGCGCGGCGAGCCCCAGUCGUGGACGGCGGGCGAGGUCAUGCGAGAGAUUCACAAGAUGGGCGUCCGCUACGAGCUUCUGAGCUCCCAAGGUGGUUCCGGCGGCAAGAAGGGACCGCUUAUCGCCAUGUUUCACCUCGGUUCUGCAGAGCAUGACGGGGCCAUCAUGGAAGAACCGAGCAACCAGAAUCCAGGGCUGCGGAAGAGUGUCAGGGUCAGCCGAAGGCAGAGUUUCAUGGAGGCCAUCGCCCCAGGACGGCCCCCAAGGGCAACACGGUCGACAAUCUACAUGACUGAGAAGUUGCCGCCGAGUGUGUACAGCGAAUAG